CGGAACAACAGCUGGCAGGCGGUUAUUUCCAGCGUCUCCGGUGCAGCAGCAGCAUCAGCUCAGCUCCAGGUCUGCGCGGACCCCGCAGCCUGCUGGUUUCUGGGCCCGUCACGCGCACCACGGGCGGCCAUGAGCGCCUGACGCCCUCUCCACGUCCACGUCCACAGCGCGUGCGGCUGAAUCUGCGUCUGCAGCGGAGCAUCUGAGCGCUGCAGCGGACAUGCCGGGCCUGCUGCUCCUCACCGUGGCUGCGCUUCUCGUGAGCUGCGACGCCUUCAGACUUGUCUCGUCACAGCGCGUCAUUCCCUUCAAUCCUCCGCCGGGCCGUCUGCUCCAGGAUGAAGUCCGGCCACAUUUCAUCCAGGAGUUGGUCAGAAGCAAACGCCACUCGCUCCACGCGUUGGUGCGAGCGCAGCCUCACCUGGUGCACGACGUGGGCUGGACGGAGAUUCACGAGAGCCGCUCCCAGAGUGAGAUGGACCCGGUCAACUCGUCCCAGUUGAACCCGGCCACCAGCCAGGACGUAGCCAGGACCCGCGCUGCUGCUUUGGAUGAGAACAAAGGUGUGGAGGACGAGAUGGAGCGCAUGGUCCAUCUGGUGGUUCCUCAGGAUGCUGAGAGCUACAGGGAACAUCCUGGUACCGCUGAGUCAGACACAGAACUUCUCAGUGGACCGGGAGCAGGCGAUGCCUCCCAGGAGGCCUCAGGCUUCUAUGGGACGGACACGGAGGACCGGGACAGAGGUGAGGAGGGGGGAGAGGAGAGAGAGAGACGAGGAGGAGAGGACGAGUGGGAGAGAGACAUCCGGGAGGACAGAGAGAGGCUGGGGGAGGAGGACGGGGGAGGAACCGAUGCCCACCACCCGGAUCCCCUGGAGCUCAACCACACGACUCCAGAUCUGGAUGCUCUGAUUGGCUACAGUCCAGCUCUGCAUCCAUCCAACGCCUCAGCGUCUGAGGAGCCGGAGCGGCGUGUUCCUCCGGUCAUGGAGCUCGGGGCUUUGCAGAGGGAGCUGUGGGAGGCGGAGGGUGAGGAGGAGGCUCAUUCCAGCGGCUACGGAGCUCAUCACUCCAACACUACGUCUGCUGCUGUAACCGCGUCUACCGCCGCUGCGUCCGAGGAGCCUGUGGGAACGGCCACACCUGAGACGGACACCGGCACCGACUUCGGGCUGCUGCGAAGUUCUACAAAAGAGGAGACGGAGGACGAGGAGAUGGAGCGGGAGGAGGAUGACGAGGAGACGGGCACCGGACUGUUUACCCACAAUCCCACGGUGCCAGAGGUUGGCGUGGCUCCCAGCAGAGAGCCCCUGCAGCCCAGCGUGGAGGAGGAGGGGGGCGACGGAGAGCAUGGGCCAAACGUCGUUCGAGUGCAGGACAGAAGCCGAGAGCGGACGAGGAUCCGGCACAUCGUCCCGCUCACCACCAACCCCUCCCCCACCGUCGGCUUCAGCGACCCGUCCUGGGAUCGGCCGUCCCUGCAGACCCAGAGGUCAGAGGUCAGAGGCGGGGGCGUGACGGAGGUCAUCCUAGCGGACAACGGUUUGGACGAGCUGGAGGAGGCGCAGCAGGUGGUGUGUGUCGACUGGAGCGAACUGGCUGGACGCGGUUACGUCGUCCUCAACAUGAGCAAAAACCUCAACUGUGAGGAGUUCCGUGCAGACCAGGGCGUCCGCUUGCUGAAGGUCAUGGAGCGUGUGUUUGCGAGGCGCAUGAACAGCCCUGAGGGGUCGUGGGUGCUUUACCUCAGCAAACCGACGCACCAGCAGCACCAGCUGCUGAUGAACGUGGCGUCGGAGCACGGAGUGAUCGCUACCAAAGACGUGCUGGGGAUGCUGGGAGAAAUCAGGAAGACUUUAAACAGGGUUGGAAUCCAGAACUACAGCGCAGCCGGAACCUGUCAGUCCCGUCCCAGUCAGACGCGCAGCGACUACGGCAAGCUGUUCGUGGUUCUGGUGAUCAUCGGCUCCGUGUGCAUGGUCAUCAUCACGUCUGGCUUCAUCUACAUCUGCUGGCAGCGACGUCUGCCUGCGACUAAAACCACGUUUCGUGCGGAGGAGCUUCACUUCGUGGAAAACGGUUGCCACGACAACCCCACGCUGGACGUGACCAACGACAGCCAGCCUGAGAUGCAGCAGAAGAAGCCGAGCACCAACGGCCUCGCGGGGGGAGGAGGGGGAGGCAGGGAGGACGGCAGCCGCUGGCAGGUGUUUGUCAAUCAAGCAGCGACGGAGGAGGAAGAGGAGGAGCAGGACACACAUCUCUGAUGACGAAGAGGAAAAGGAGAAAGAAGAGGAAGAUGGAAACAUGCUGAAAGGGAGUUAAGACACUUGGAAGGUAUAAAGUUGAGUGGUCAGAGUCAAACUAGGGUUGAGCUCAGCAGCAGGAGGAGUCCUUGGUUUCACCUUCAAGAAAUGGAGGAAAUCUCAUUUUCUAAUUCAAAUCUGAACCUUCUGGGACGUCAGCCUUUAAACCCACAGCCAGCGCUGGUCUUCACUCAGUAGAUGCGUCUUUGUGCCUUACGCUUUAGCUUGUAGCUCCCACACACAACUUUAAUGUGUGAAUGUAAAGGAACAGUCAAACGUGUGACGCCCAACACGCCCCAAUAACACAUAGAAUAACAGUAGAAGACACUAGAAUGUAGGAGUCAAAGCUGAGUUUGCCCUCGUGCUUCUUUGUACAUGUGGUUCGGACUCCGCUGCAUUUUUAGCAGCUAUAAAGUUACUGUAGAAACUUAUAUUUUGAAUAAACCAGUAUAUGAUAAUGUGUUAAUAUAAAACUACCCACGAGUAUAAAAACUGUCUGCAUCAGUAAAGGUCCAUCAACAGAUUAGUGGAUUAUUAAAAUGAUCCCACCGUGUCCGUGUUUGGUGACAGCAGCGACUCCUCUUAGCUGCUCCUCUGAACCAACUGGACGCCUUCAGCAACGGGAACGCACGGCUUCGGCGCUUUGUUGAUUCCUCCUGGAAAUAGCGCUGAUGAUCAGUGAAAUGCUGCAUCCUGUUCAGUGUAUCGCGUACUACAGUGACUGACAUAUCUCUAUUUCGCUUAUAGGAAUGGUUGCACCUGCUGAGGAUGUUACGUGUACAACAAGUCAUGUGAUUGCUGUACUUGUGUGCUGCUGUUAGCCUAACGCGCUUUUUGCUAUAGUCUUGGAAUGGCUGCUGUGUGCUCCUGGAUCGGUCCUGAGGCAAGCGGCUCAGGCUGUUUUUGGUGUCAAGCGCUGGCGCCCGGUGGUGCAGGGCUGGGGUCACGUCGAGCUGCUACAAGCAUGUCUGCGUUACCGUGGUCUCCUUCACUUUGACUCACUGUCGUCCUGAUGCCGUGUCCGGCUCACGCUUUAAUCCACGAGCCCCUGAAGUCAGUACAGAACCAUUUAUGGGCCAUGUUCAGGCGCUGCAGUCACGUUGGAGUUCACACGGUCAGGGUUGAAUUCAUCGAAUAUUGAGAAGACACCAAACUGUUGUCUCAUCACAGAUCAGUGCUCUCUGACUAAAGAGACACCUUAACAUUGCUCCAUGUGUUGGUUUGAUUUUAUUGUUGUAUUUGUUGCUGCAGCUGUCACUCUUUAACAUUGUCCAUCUGCAUUUCAUCCAGAUGUUGCCUGUUUUUCCUCGAUGUACCAAUACUGUAUAUGGCUUCACUAUAAACUGUGCUGAUUAACUGCUAAGCAGCUUUAUGGACUCAAAACACACUAGUGUCCGAGCUGAUUAACUAAUAUUACUGCCUGCUAUUGUAGAUGAAAUGUUUCUGAAAGCACAAGAUGCCGGCAGGACACCGUUUUCUUGUCAUCCAGAUCAGCAUGAAGCUUCCAGUCCUGCAGCGAGCACCCACAUAACACAAAAUACAGCUGCUGUCGGCUUUUGUUUGCUGAGAGCCUCAACUAGAAAGUUUGCUUUUUGUUGCUAGAAAUAAAAGGAAUGCGUUCUGAUAAGUGAAUCAGCUGUAGCAAAAUAAAAACAAACUACACACAAAUAACUUGUUGUUUGUAAAAAAGGAAGAUAUUUAGUUUCCUGGUGAGAUUUUUAGCCAGCAUUUUGAAGUUUCAUUUCAGGUGUUUUUAUUGUUUUGUUUAGUUGUAUUUAUUGUUUUUUACAUGUAUUUUUAUGCAUUUUGAUCGCAUAUUUUCUGUCACUCUUUUUGGUUGUCAGUGUAAUAAGGUAAAUGUGUCAAUAAAAUUUUGAAAAAAAGA